CUACCGGGCGCCUGACUGUUGUUGGUUCCAGUGCGUCACCAAACUUUGUCUUUCAAAAAUAGGAAUUAAUUACAGUUAUUGCUGUUUGCAAAAUAACAUCUCGUGUAUAGGAAAACGUGGUUACAGUUGCUAUAGGGCAUUUGGCAGUAAACGACAAGAAGAUAACAUGUUUUAUAAACACUGCACACGUUUACUAAAUGUGUGCUUUAGAAACAACAGAUCAUGCCAUACACUUCUUCCAAAUCAAGUUUUAAGACCGUGGUGUAUGAUUAAUAAAGAUUUUCAUACUGCAGCUGUUCUCAGGUCUUAUGAUAUGAGAAGAGUUGAUUUUACACCACUGGAACAAAGAAAAUUAACAUUUGAUACGCAUGCCUUGGUGAAGGACCUACAAGCAAGUGGGUUUGAAAAACAACAAGCUGAAAUUAUUGUUACGGCACUGGUAACACUGACGACUGGAAAUAUGGACACAGUCUAUAGAGAUAUGGUGACGACCUCACAUCAGGAAAUUGCUCUCCAGCAGAUCAUGGCACACCUGGAUGCAAUUCGGAAGGACAUGGUGAUUCUGGAGAAAAGUGAAUUUGCAAACCUGAGGGCUGAGAAUGAGAAAAUCAGAAAUGAGCUAGAGCAGUUUAAACAUCAGCUAAUGGAGGAAAGCAUGAAAAUCCGAGCAGACGCUAAACUGGAUAUAAAUUUGGAGAGAAGCCGAGUAACUGACAUGUUUACAGAGCAGGAGAAGAAGCUUAUGGAAGUUGGUACAGAAUUCGAUAAAAAGAAUGCAGAUGUAGAUCGUAGCACAACAGAAGCUACUAAAAAAAUCGACAUAGAAGUGGCCUCGCUGAAAACUCUCCUGGAAUCUCUCAAACUUGACACAAUCCGCUACCUUGCAGCCUUUGUCUUCGCCUGCCUUGCAAUGGCCUUGGGCUUUUACCGUCUGUGGAAGUAACAAAACAAGGAAGCAUUUGAAAAAGAUUGCUAUACAUCAUGGAGAGCAAAAAAUUGACAAAUGAAUUGCUGUUGCUAAGUUAUUUUAAGCAAUUUUAAGAUGGUGCCUGUUUGCAGUGAACAUGUUUCAGUAUUUUGCCGGGAGAAGCAAAAUAUCUUCCAUUUGUCUUUUACCAAAGCUGGUGAUUUUCCGAAAAUAUGUGUUAAUUCCUUAUAUUUGUCUUCUUUUUUAUUGCUGAAUUAUAUUCUGCACAUCUUCCAUCCCAUAAACAUUUUGUAUCAUGAAAAAAAUCGAUCAAUUGCAAAGUUUUGUAAAAUUGAAUAGGUUUGUUUAUUUCUCAAAAAUAAUAAUGCCAGUCCUCUUGAUGUGAUUUUCAAUAAAAACAGUUUAAUUCCAGAA